CGGAGCAGCAGUAGCAGCAGAGGCUGGAAACCAGAGGGUUUUGAGCGAAGGAAUCGCGUUUCUGUACUCUCAGAUGGUGCUGUGCGUUUGGUGUUAUCGCCUAGCUUUAUAGAUAGACAUGUCCAGCGGGUUAUUUCUUCGAGACUCUCUCGUUGAUGUGCUAGGUAAAGAGGUCAGGUAGCUAGUAAGUUGGGUCCAAGUUCUGAAAGUCGUCGGUUGUGUGUAACUUAAACUUGCAAAACAACGCGGUAGGAAGCUAGCUAAUGAUUACGAGAGGCAAACGAGGGUUAUAGCUUAGUUGGCUACACUUGAAAUGAGAUCUUAUCGAGAGGACAGAUAGCUGGAUAGCUGACUGGCUAGCUGGCUACGUUAUGUAGACAGAGCGAUGGUCGUCUAGGAAUGAGAGAAAGGUGGUAGCUAUGUGUAAACUAACAUAGCACCUCUUAGAGAUGCAAUGUUUGCCUUGAGUAGCGAGUGGGCUUCGUAAAGACGCUAUCAGAGUAGAGGCGUUUGCUGUACCUGUGCGUGGGGGUUGGUCGGCAGGGGCGUCUCUGAAACUAGCUAGAUGCCUGGGUAUUUGAUUAGUUUGUUAGCUAGCUAAUUAGACUAGCUCACAAAGUAAAGGAGGGUGGGAAAAUGAGGCAUGAAUGAACGCUGGGAGUGCCGGACAGUUUGGGUUCAGGUGGUAUUAAUUAACGCUAGUUGAGACGUGUAACGUUAGCGAGCUAGCUUUAUUAUUAAUUACCAGUGUUUGCUAGAUAGCUAGCUGGUAACCUGAGAAGUAAUGGACUAGCUGGUGUGCGGCACAGAGGCACAGGUUGCUUUGUUAAUGGUAGCUAGCUGGCUAAUAAUAGGUUUGUCAGAAUCCAGACAGACAUUAUAACGCUGGCUAUCUACGGGGUGGAAGGACUCAGGGCUUAAUUUCAGUGCCAUAGAGAGGUUUAUGUUAUUAUAUUGUGGUUUCCUGUCGCUGCCCAGUAAAGAGAAUAUUAAGAAUAAAAACACGAAAAUAGCCAGUUAGCUGGCUAAAGAAGACAGAAGACCGAGACCAGCUGGGAAUUUGGAGGACAUCUCGUCGACAGUGGCAGACAUGAAGCCAGAUCGAGAGGCUGCGGAGGAGUACUUCGAGUACGAUGCUGAGGAGUUCCUGGUGCUUCUGACCCUGCUGAUCACAGAAGGCCGCACCCCGGAAUGUUCUGUCAAGGGUCGGGCGGAAGGGCUGCACUGCCCCCCUACGCAGUGCGCACAGCCUGUCCAACCCCGACACGAGUGCAGCGAAAAACUGCCACAGUGCCGGCAGGCCAGGAGGAUGCGCUCUGAGGUCAUGCUCCUCUGGAGGAACAGCAUCCCCGUCAUGAUCGAGGUGAUGCUGCUGCCCGACUGUUGCUAUAGCGAUGAGGGACCCACCACGGACGGGAACGACAUCAACGACCCCGCCAUCAAACAGGACGCGCUACUGCUGGAGAGGUGGACCCUGCAGCCGGUGCCCAGACAGAGCGGGGACCGCCUCAUCGAGGAGAAGACCUUGCUGCUGGCCGUGCGGUCCUAUGUGUUUUUCUCCCAGCUCAGCGCCUGGCUGAGCGCUUCCCAUGGAAUCAUCCCCAGGAACAUCCUGUACAGGAUCAGUGCAGCUGAUGAGGACCUGGUUUGGAACUUCUCCCAACCCCCAGCUGAGCACGCCUUCCCAGUGCCCAAUGUCUCACAUUGCGUGGCAUUAAAAGUCCACGUCCAGUCCCUGCCUAGACAGCCUAACUACCCGGUCCUGAAAUGUAGCAUUCACACCAGCCUGACCUUCUGCGCCAAGAAGGGCUAUGAGCAAGAAGAGGGCCCCGCUCAGUGUCGUGACAUCAACGAUAACAACCAGCUCCGCCUGCGAGACUCCACUCCUUUCACCAACCCCGCCCACCCCCCUGCCCCAUACAGUGUGGUCAGCUCAAAGAAAUGCCAGCUCCCAGAGGUACUUCCUCCUGGUAAAGCAGCCAGAUGGCUCUACUCUCGACUGAGCAGCAGUCCUGAUGGCAGACCGUUGGAGGUCUAUGGGACAUCGGGGGGUAGUGCUGAAGGGUUGAAGACACCCACCCCUGACGUGUCAGCCAGAGCUCUGAAGUCCCUCUCGCUGAUGGAUCAGCAGGUGUCUCCCAGCCCCGCGCCCAGACUGCCACUGGUGCCCCUGGGUGAGACCAGUCCCCUGAUUGGCUCUCUGCUCCAGGAGAGACAGGAGGUCAUCGCCCGUAUCGCCCAGCAUUUGAAUUACUGUGACCCUACUGCCCCACACAUCCCUGACAGUCUAUUUGGUGCUCCUGAUGCGUUGGGUACCAAAUCCCACUGGUUCUCACGGGAGGAAGAAGGCCUGUUCAGAAGGAGCAAGGAGCCCCGCUGCCCAAGCCCCAGCCAAACCUCUGUCCAAGAUGGCACCCCUCUCGAGAGCGGGAACGAGGGAAAGAGCAGGCCCUCUGACUCCGACACCCCCCUGGGUCUGUGUAGCAGAGCCAAAGCAGACAGCGAGGUGAGGCUUUCCCCCAAACCAACAGCUUGCCGAAAGCUGCUCCUGCAGGAACCCGAGGAGCAUUCUAGAAUAUCGGAGGCCGUGCAGGACAUCUCCAGGUUGAUCCAGGACACCUUACAGCAGUCCCAGAGCAGGUGCAGCGGUCUCCUGCAGGGCACCUACAAGACCUGCAAGGAGGGCGGCACGCUGAGAGCGUCAAGCAAGACAGACGGUGAGCCCUGCAGCCAGGCCGUUCAGCCGCAGAAGGACGCCUCCGACGCCGUCGUUACAAACGGCAACGAGUCGCACAUUUGCACAGACUUGAGAAUCAGCGGAAUAAAAGCCAGCGACCCCAGCCCACAAGACUGUUCCCCCAGGCCCCUAACCGGGGCCAGCGCAAAACUUGAAGACCAGACAGCUACGCCAGGACUGAAAACUCCGAGCAGUUUACAGAAUGCCAAAAAGGACACGUGUGGGUCGUCCUGUGUGGAACGGACUGUUGAAAGACGAGACGACUGCCAGGGAGAGAGCGACGUGAAAAUCACGUCCACCUCACUCCUUAGUAAGGUCAGCCAUUCCAAAGCCCAAAGCCAGCCAGGUACAGAGUACAGCCAUCAGCCAGGUACACAGUACAACUGUCACCAGGAUGAGAACCAGACCCCUUCUACAUGUCUCACACCAACCAGCCUUCCCAAGAGAGAAUCCAGUCAGGAAUGCAGAGCCCGUAAUGAGCCAGCACUGAAGGACAAUGUCCUGAGGACAAACAGCCAGUCUCCUUUGAAGCCUUGUAAUAUUUGGAAGAGGCAGAAUCGUCACUCCAUAGACGCGACAUCGACGAAGGCUUUCCACCCGUGCACUGGCCUGCCUCUGCUCUCCAGUCCUGUUCCUCAGAGAAGAACACAGACUGGAUACUUUGAUUUAGACACAUCCCUUACCCGCUCCAAACGUGCGCCAUGGGCUGCCAGCAGAAGAGUGUGUCUGAACAGAGAAGAUGACAUAGAUGAGUCAGGCCAGCAACUGUUCAGCACCAGUGCUCCUCCAGCAAGUCUCAGCCUUCUGGGCAACUUUGAGGAGUGUGUGCUGAACUACCGCUUGGAGCCGCUGGGAACGGUCGAGGGCUUCAUGGCUGAAGUGGGUGCAAGUGGAACGUUCUGCCCCAGUCACAUGACCCUGCCAGUCGACGUGUCCUUCUACAGCGUCUCUGAUGACAACGCACCUUCCCCAUACAUGGGUGUGAUAAAUCUGGAGUCCCUCGGUAAAAGAGGAUAUCGAAUACCUCCUUCAGGAACAAUUCAAGUGACCUUAUUCAAUCCCAACAAGACCGUGGUGAAAAUGUUUGUGGUGGUCUAUGAUCUGAGAGAGAUGCCAGCCAGUCACCAAACAUUCCUGAGACAGAGGACUUUCUCUGUCCCCGUGAAACGGGAAACCAACGGAAACAAUAACAGGAAGCCUCUCCCUCUGAGACAGGAGCGAACCUUGCGCUACCUCAUUCACCUGAGGUUCCAGAGCUCAAAAUCUGGAAAGAUCUACCUCCACAGGGACAUCCGACUCCUGUUUUCACGCAAAUCCAUGGAAGUGGACAGUGGUGCUGCUUACGAGCUGAAGUCAUUCACAGAGUCACCAGCCAAUCCUCCCUUCUGUCCUAGAUGUUAGCCCGGGGCAUCGCAUCCAAAGGACUCCUUCAAUCAAAACCUUGACCUACCAGCAAAUAGAAGAGUAUACGACCCCAGCACAAACAGGGAGAGAGGAGUGGUUUGCCAUAAACUGCUGUUAGCUAUCAAAUUUGUCAGUUCUGAACGAAAAGUGGCGGCAUUGGAUCAAACUUUUAAGUUUAAUUCCAGCUCAUUUGUUUCAGCGUCUUUGGUUUUCUUUAAAAAGAGCUACAGUACAUGCAUCCGAUCACGGACCAUGUUGGUAAAGAAGCAACCAGUCAAGCAAAAGAGAAGACUAGGUGGCAUAAGAAGAACACUGUGUAUUUCCAAAAUAACUGGAAAUGAAAUUAGAAAUGUUCAAAUACAUCUUUUUGUACUGUUACA